AAACAUUAGUAAUAGCAAAAUAAAAUAACGUAACAUAUUUUCGUAAAUUAAAGAUAAGGGAGACAAGCAGUACAGUACAAUGAUUUAGUACAAGUGUUGCCAACAACUAAACAAGUAAACUCACAGUGGGUAUGGCACGGACACGUGACAUCCCGUCGCUUAAACUUUUAACGUGGCAAGUGCAGGGUUUACAGUCUCCGUUGUGCAGGACAAAUCUUUGUUAAACUAUACUAUCCCAUGACACAUUUAUUGGGCGUCUCUAAUCCCAUUUAAACGAAAUUCAUUCGCUAUAAAGAUAAGUAAACUCUGUUGCAUAAAAAACUGAUGAAAAACACGACAGUCAUUGUGAACUAUGAGAAGUAAAAUGGAUGCGAGUCAUCAUGACAUGAGAAAUGAAAAGAGAGCACAUAAUUCAAAAAAAAAAACUGAAUAAGAAUGAAAGGAAGAGGAAGAAUGAAUAACGUCAACAAAAGACAUGAAAUUUCCGUGCACAUUUCACACAAGAUGAAAAUAAAAGGAGUCCGUCAACCAAUAUAAAAUUGAAAUCGUCUCGAAACCUGGGUCCGGCAACUCGAGGGCCAACCUCCUCGACCGACCGACGUCUACCGCCAGUUGGGAACCUGCAGAGUUCGGAAUCGUUUGUGUAGAGAGGUCUGCUUGUGUCUAGAGAGAAAAAAAUGCGGGUGGCACUCACAUUUCUCUUAGUGGCACUGGUGGGCGUGGCCCUUGGAAAACUGGCUCCCCUCGAGAAGCCUUACAAGAUCCUCAUGCUCCUGCCUCUGGGGUCGAAGAGCCACAAGAAAUUCUUCACGAGCGUUGCUGACGCCUUGGGCGAACGGGGGCAUCAGGUGGUGAUGCUGUCCAGUUAUCCUGCGUCCUCCAAGAAUCCCAACGUCACGGAGAUCGACCACGAACUCAGGGACUUACACGAUGACAACUAUAACAUAUUCGAAUAUCGAGAUGAUCCUACCGGAGGAUUUUCUCUCCUGUCGGAGAUCGUUCCGGUUAUAGUGAAGAAGCUGUACAGAAUCCCAGUAGUGAUGGAGUUGUACGAAAAGAGGAAAACGUUUGACCUCAUUAUUGUAGACCACAUGAUGAAUGAGAUGAUCUACCCAUUCGUGCACGAACUAACGUACAUGACAAUAUCGGCCUUCGGGAUGGACGCGUGCCACAGCGCCGUGCUGGGCAACGUCCAGAACCCGGCCUACGUGUCUGGGAUGCUGGAGGAGUACCCGAGUCCACUCAGCUUGAAGCACCGCUUCCUGAACCUGAUGCAGCACACUCUGAUGCCGUUUUAUUUGAGGCAUUGGUCUUAUGUGCCGCAGAUCCAAAAGGAGAUCUCCGACAUCUUCCCGGACCUUCCGCCGCUGCUGGACAUUGAGCGCAACCAAAGCCUGACGCUGAUCAACUCGCACUUCUCGAUAGACGUGGCGGUUCCUCUGCUGCCGUCGCAGGUGGCGGUGGGCGCCGUCCACUGCCACCCCGCCAAGCCUCUUCCUAAGGACCUGGAAUCCUGGAUCUCCGGCGCAGGACCAGAGGGCGUCGUGUACUUCAGCCUGGGAACCGUUGUCCGUGGUAACUCCAUGCCGGUCGUUUACAGAGACAUGUUUGUCGAAGCCUUCAAGAGGCUGAAGCAGAGAGUCAUUUGGAAGUACGAGGAAGAGCUGGAGGGUAUCUCGGACAACGUGCUGAUACAGGAGUGGCUUCCACAGCAAGAUGUAUUAGGACAUCCCAACGUACGACUUUUCAUCUCUCACGGAGGCCUUCUCAGCACCCAAGAAUCCCUGUACCACGCCACGCCCGUCGUCGCUCUGCCCGUCUUCGCGGACCAACCCAAGAACGCGAUGGCAAUCCAGAAGCGUGGCGUUGGCGUCGCCCUGGUUUGGGAGGAACUCUCCGUCGAUCUCAUCGUUAACUCCAUUCAGGAAGUUAUGAAUAACCCCAAGUACAAAAGGAACGCCGAAGAGGUGAUGAGCGUGGUGCGGGACCAGCCGGAGACGCCGAGGGAGCGCGCCGUGUUCUGGACCGAGUACGUGGUCCGCCACCAGGGAGCGCCCCGCCUGAGGAGCCCGGCGGCGAAGCUCUCGUGGGUCGAGUUCCUCAUGCUCGACGUCCUGCUGGUGAUCCACGUCGCCGUGUACGUCGCCUACUACGUUCUGUCGCGGAUUAUGAGGGUGGUGAAAGGGAAGCUCUUUCCGCGCAGUGUGAAGAAGAGGAAGAGGGACUGAGCGUUAUUUUAAUGCAUAGACUCUAUAGCUUAUGUAGUUCUCUAUGUUAUUUACAUGAUACAGCACAAAACAUUCAUCUUGGUAUCUUAAUUCCAUUCCAUAAAAAUCAAUUUCAAAGAUUUGUAUGCCGAAACAUAAAUAAAGAAGAUUCGUGUCUACUCAUUGGAGAAUUCACUGUUGUAAUUGUU